AAUGAUUCUCCGCAAUGUAUUCCAAAAGUAUGCAACAAUAGUCAAUUGUCAGACAAUAUUAAGUUUGAAUCUGAAACUGAAAGCAUCAGCAUUGAAACAGCUGUUACGAUACACUGUAAAGAAGGGUUUGUGCUAACGGGAAACAACACUUUAACUUGCCUCUCAAAUGAACAAUGGUCAGAGAAUCCUAUUUGCAAGGUCAUAGACUGUGGAAUUCCAGAGAGUGUCCAAAAUGCAGUUAUGACGAAUAUCUCUGAAACGACAUACAAUAGCAUUGUCUUUGUUGAAUGCAAAGAAGGCUAUAUAAUGUCUGGUAAUAACACUGUCAAAUGUAAUCUGUCUGGAAAUUGGGACUCGAUGCCGACAUGCAAAAAGGUGUCAUGUGGACAUCCAACAAUUCCUGGAAAUGGCAGUAUAUCAAGAAUAUCCGGUACAACAUUCCAAGCAACUGCUUCUUUGGAAUGUAAUGAAGGAUUCUUCAUCAUUGGAGAUGCUAUAAUCAACUGUUUAGCUAAUGGAAGCUGGUCUGAUAUUCCAUCUUGUCAACAAUAUGAUAACUACACCGAUUGUUUUGACGUCGUUAAUCUAGGGAGGAUAACAAAAGACGGUGUUUACAACAUAACAACAUGGAAAAGUCUUCGAGAAAUCCAGGUGUAUUGUGAUGUUGCGAUUGAUGGAGGUGGAUGGACAGUAAUGAUUUAUCUGUUUCUUUUUGUUGUUGUUGUUUUUUGUUGUUAUUUUUUUUUUUUGUCAUUAUGGCUGUUAGAAUCGUAACUUGUCUCCAAGGAGUCCCCUUCUCUCUUGUACGAGUUGUAAAAAUAAUAGUUGAAAUAAUAACGGAUAUUAUGAGUUAUCGCUUCUUUGAUUAAAACUCUAUGAUAGGUGAAUAUCAUGCCUACAAAAAACUGCAGUUUUUAUUGAAAUAACUAGAAAACGAUAAGUUUUUACAUUUAUAAAACAAUAUUUUAUUACAACAAAACGGGAAUCUCUUUAAAGAACGUUUUGAAAUGUAGGAGUUUCAAAUAACCUCAUUUUAAAUUUGCUUAAUUAUUUUGAUAUUUUACUUUUUUAUUUUAUUAGGUUUUAACUCACCUGAGCACAAAAUGCUCGGGGUGAGCUGUUGUAACGCUCACCGUCCGGUGUCUGUCCGUCCGUCCGUCGUGCGUCCGUCCGUUAACACUUUCCUUUAAACAUCUCCUCCUAAACCACCAGACCAAUUUUGAUGAACCUUCACAGAUUCCGUGGAUGGUCUUCUUUAAAAAUUGUUCAAAGAAUUAAAUUCCAUACAGAUCUAUGGUUGCCAUAAGGCCAAGAGCUUAGAUAUUUAGUAUUGUCUAGUGGUCAACUAUCAAUUUAUCCAAAUCAUGACCCUGGUGUCAGUGUAGGCCACGCCCGGGGCAUCCCUUGUUAUUUUUGUUAUAUAUCAAAAACUUCAAAAAUCAUAUUUCCUAGACUGUUUGAUUAUAAUUACCUGAUGACACCAAGAAAUUAGUGGUCACUUGACUUUGACCUACUUACCUACUUACUUGGUUUUUAAGAUGUAGUCCUGAAAUUUGGAUGACAAAUACAGUUUUAAACACCGAUCUUAAAAUUGACUUUCACUGACCAUGAAUGUGAGCUACUGACCUACUUUCUUAAUAUCUUAGCAUCAGCUGGACGUUUGAAACAUGUUAACACAACUGGGAAAAAGAUUUCAAUGCUUACUUAUAUUUGACUUUCUUACCUGAUUUGUUCUACUUGUCUAUGUAGCUCAUAUAGGUGCGUUGGUAUGAGUUCAAACCCUCUAAGGACUGUUUUCCCGAAAAUCAAAAUAUUUUCAAAACAGGCUAGUUGCCAUUUUUCAGAUAAAGAAUGUUCAGGUAUUGGAAACAUAAAAUUACCGUGGACCAGCGUUGGUUGCAAGAACAUUUCCAUUUCCUAGUAUCCAAGACACGAAACUAAGACAAGGACUAUAGCUUGCCUAUAUACUGAAUUUACAUACAUAGAACAAAUAAGAAAUUUUUGUGGUAUACCAUAUGGCAAAAAUCAAACUUCAGACCAUACUUGUCACAGACUGCAGAUGAAAAUGUAAACAUAUGAUAGAGAGUUAAACAUAAUUCACACUACAUUUGAGCAAAAUAACAAUUACAAAUGUUCUUUUUAAGUCAUUGUCAAAGGUGAAAACAGUUAUAACAAAUA